AUGUACCGCGUGGUGGCUCAGUGGGUGGCACAGGGUCAGGUGUCAGGAAAGGUAGAUGUCGACACGACGCAUCUGGCAAAGAAACCAAUCGUCUUGAUUGUCAUUGCCCCAACCGACGAACAAAUCCACCCUCAGGUGUUUGACCCAGUUCCAGUCUUUUUGGUCGAGCGUUUUGAAGAAAUUGUCGAGGCAGAGAUUAUUGCACAGCACGAAGAGUCUCUUCUCUCCUGCUCGCUUCGCAAGUGGCUGGACUUCAUCGCAGAUUUGACGGCUGACUCGAAGGAUGCGGUUGUCACAGUGCUGAUACGUGGAGGUGUUGUGGCAGCAGGCGUCUAG